AUGCUUAGCGACGGCGUUGUUCUGCUUCACGACAAUGCAACUCCUCACAAGUCUGCACAGACCCAAAACCUGAUUGCCUCCUUCGGAGGGGAACAGUUGAAACACCCAUCGUACAACAGCCCAGACCUGGCUCCGAGUGACUUUCAUGAUCUGUUCCUGCAUUUGAAAAAGUUUUUGGCCGGGCAGGACUUCGACUCAGACGCUGAUCUCACAGAAGAGACUCGACAUAGGCUGCUGACAUCGCAAGCGGCAGCUUUCUACGAUGGGGGCAUUCAGAAGCUCAUCCCACGCUAUGACAAAUGCCUCAACAGUUCUGGUGACUACGUGGAGAAGUAG